GAUGUCACUCUUUGAUACCGAUAAAUAUACUGUUAUUUUUACGUGUGUUUGUCGUCAUGAGUCAGUAACAUCGGUAACAUCAGUAACUUGAUUAACAAUUUAUUAUAAUGUUCAGAGAUAACGUUUACUAAUAAUUGGAACGAUAAAAAGUACCGCAUUAGUUUAUCAGAUGUGAUUAAAGAGAGUGUCUUCUUUUACUUAUGGACAUGAUUGUACUCCCACAAAGAAAAUAAGCCGGAACAAUUAAUAUGUCUGGGGGCGCAAACAGAAAAAAAACUACCCGUUCACAGGGCUGGGAAGAAGCAGGAUCCGAGUUUUAUCAAGAAAGUUACCCUGCUGAUUCGGAAAUUGAGGCUUUGCAAAGAGAUCCAAAACACCUACAUACUCUUUUACCUAGUAAACUUAAUAGGGGAGCUGCUACAAUUCGUAUCAAGACAAAUGACUACCGAACAAAUAACAGAACAAUACGACGACACACUGCCACGAGAUCUCGGAGGGAAUCUACAGUCCAUCGUAGGACUUCUACAGCUGGAGAAGUACAGGUUUCCAUGCUACCUGAUUUAUCCGAAAUGAGAUCGAAUGAACAAACUGCUUGGGAGGAAAUAAUGCAGAUCAAAUCUUUACCCAUUCCAAUGUCCGAGAAGAAAGAGAUGAAGGCUAAAAUUUUGAAUGAGCCGAACUUACGACUGCAAGGUUAUGAACAAUUCAAAUGGAAAAGGAGAAAAAUGUGGGAUCAGCUUAAAUCCCGGUUGCAGGAAUCAUUACAAAACUUGGAGCUGUGGAGGGGUUCUAUGAAAUACAUCGAGGGAAAUUUUGGAACAGGAGUAGUAGCAUAUUUUUUAUUUGUAAGAUGGUUGUUUAUUCUAAAUUUGUUCAUUUUUUGUUUGGUAUUCUUAUUUAUAAAUUUACCGACAAUUUUAUUGGAUUUUAAGAAAAAUAUCACUUGCACAAAUUCACCGAAUACUUCUUGUUGUGCUCAAGAAUAUUUCAAUGAAACUACUUCGGAAAAUAACGUCCUGAUUGAUUUUGUGCAAGGUACAGGUUUUUUAGAAAAAACUUUAUUAUUUUACGGUUUUUAUACAAAUGAAAUUCUUGAAUAUGCUGUUGGGGGUAUCAGACUGUACUAUAACGUUCCGGUUGCAUAUAUGUUUGUAGUAAUUAUAUGUUUCGGUUUGUCUGUAUUUUCAAUACUCACCUCAGCGGCCAAUGGUUUCAGAGAACGUCUCAUAGAAGGAGAAGGACAGUUUUACCAUUACUGCAACAUGGUGUUUGGCGGUUGGGAUUUCUGUAUAGAUAAUGAGAAAUCGGCAAAAAUAAAACAGAAAUUGAUUUAUAACGAAUUCAAAGCAAACGUAGAAACGGAGAGGUUGAAUGAAGAAAUCCAAAGUAGAACAACGCAGGAGAAAUACAAAAUUUAUUUUUGCAGAUUCAUUGUAAAUACGGUGGUGUUUUGUAUUUUGGCUUGUUGUGGGUAUAUCAUAUAUUUGGUCUUCAUGAUUUCUACUGGGAGAGAUCAAGUGAGCGAAAAUAAUUAUAUCAAUCUUUUUUUUGAAUUUCUACCGGCUUUGACUAUUGUCGGAAUGAAUAUUGUCGUUCCGAUACUGUUUAAAUUCUUACUUACUUUUGAAAAAUAUAAACCUCUUACAGCUCUCAAAUUUUCGCUUAUGCGUACGGUAUUUUUGCGACUUUCUGCUUUGAUUGUUUUGUAUGCCUCUCUUUGGUCAAAGAUUAAAUGUACCAAUGAAAAUGAACUUUCUUGCGUACGCUGCCCAAAGGCACCCACUUGCUGGGAAUCUUAUGUGGGACAACAAAUAUAUAAGUUGUUGCUUACCGAUUUCGCUAUACAAAUAAUAAUGACGUUUAUAAUAAACGUACCUAGAGCUGUUAUAGCCCGUCAUAUUAGUAAUAGGUUUGUUAAGCUUUUCUGUGAACAAACCUUUGAUUUACCCAGACAUGCUUUGGAUGUUGUAUAUUCUCAAACUUUGAUAUGGUUCGGAAUAUUUUAUACACCUCUUAUAUCUCUAAUAGGUACAGGAAUGUUUUUCUUCAUCUUCUAUAUAAAAAAAUUCGCUUGCGUUUACAACUGCAGACCAAGUCCUGUAAUAUACAGAGCUUCCAGAUCCAAUUCCAUGUUUAUGUUAGUUCUUUUGAUCUCUUUUGCAUUUGCCGCUUUUCCUUUGGGUAUUUCUUUCUCUGAUCUACACCCAUCGAGGUCAUGCGGACCUUUUAGGGACCGAUCCACUGUAUGGAAUUUAGCUGUAAGUUUGUUUUUAAGAACACCCCAAUGGAUACAAAGUAUUAUUUUCUUUUUGGGUACUGCAGGGUUUGGCGUUCCGUGUAUUAUAGUUUUAACUCUGAUUCUUUACUAUUACAUGGGAGUGAACUCUGCUAACAGACAUUUGGUGUCAGUUUUAAAAAAUCAGUUGGUUCUUGAAGGACACGAUAAACAAUUUUUACUGGAUAGACUGAGCUUGUUUAUAAAACAAGAGAAUCAGAAAAGACUUAGGGCCGAACAAAGAAGGGGGGAAGGAGAUAUGAACUAGGUUAAGGAAAAAUGUGAGAUUAGUUUUAAUCCAUGACAGACCAGUUUAUAAAAGAAUACAAAAUUUGAAAACUAAAAUAUUCUUAUUAUAACAAGGAAAACAAUAUCGGCAAUAGUAUAAAUAAAAUUUACACCUAUGAUGUAUAAGGUAACUACAGAAGAGUGUGAACAUCUUGUUCAAACAUUUCAAUUUUUAGUUUUUCCAAUUACAAAACUUCAUAAAAUGAAAGUUUUUAAUUACCUGCCUUAUGUUACUGUUAACUAUAUGUAAAAUCUUGUGGAUAUUGCAAAAUGUAAUAAUUUUUUAUUUCAACAAAACAAACCCUUCAGAAAAAAAGAGUAUCGUAUAAAUCACUACAUGUUUAUUUUCCAAUUCCAAAUUGUCUAAUUGUGCUUUUUUUACUUUUUGGAAGUCAUUUUUAUAUUUAAUAUUCCAAAUUUUGUUUUAAAUCUGAAUUUUUUUAUUAAAACAUGCCAAAAAAUGCACAUUACAGAUAAUUACUCUUUUUGUCGCUAACAUAUUAAAUUUUUUUGCUGUAGUUAGAGAAUAAGGAACCUGUACCUGCAUAUUAGGGUGUCUGUUAUUUCCAAAAUUGCAUUUUGUUCUGCAAAGGCCCCUCAAAUUUUUAAGUUAUGACCUAAACAAAUUAUCAGACUCAAACCAGCCCUCAAUAUUCACAUUAAACCGUGCCUAAAUCAUAAUACAUUUCCCAUUUAAAUAAUAUGAGAUUUUUGCAGUUAAUUUUUUCCACUGAAACAAAUGUAGUUAAAAAUAUUUGAAUAGCUAUUUCUUGGAGGAAAUUUAACGCUCAAUCAAUAAGAUCUGAAUGUUUUUUUCGUUAAAAUUUACCAUUUAAAUGUUAUCAAUGAUAAAGUUGUAUUCAUAGUUAAAUUCAUCAUUUUUAUCAUUUACUAUCCCUUUUUCUCGGUAAUGAAAUUAUGGAGUAACUGAGGGGCUUUUGCAGAACAAAAUCCAAUCUGGGAAAUAAUGGACAAAAUUCUUACUGGUAAAUACAAAACCUCUUAAUAAAUUGGUCUCAAUCUAUUCAUAUCCAAUUUUUUAAAUUGCCGUGUGUAAAUAGCACAUUAUUGUAAAACAAUAUAUUAAACUUGUAUAGUGAUAUAUAGGGCGUCCAGAAAUUCUCCUGUCAAAUGCAAAUUACCGAUAUUUGAUGUGAUUCUAUGUCCACUUAAUCUCCUUUAUUAGAAUUUUAAAAGAGGGUAGCUAUCCCCUUCUAAUCAUGACACUAACUGAUAAUUUUGAUAAAGUAAGUUUUUCAACAAACUAUAGUAAUUUCGAAAACUAUAAGGUAUUUCCAAGCAUUGAAUUUAUCACUGCAGGCUUAUACAAUGUUAGCAGUUAGUGGGUUUAUUUGUACCAAAAAUGUUUAAAGUGCUUAGCAUCAUUAGGAGGAUAUCUGUAUACCCUGUAUGUUAAUAUUAAUGAGUACCUUGGAGAUUAUUUACGUCCAGAAAUUGUUCAAUUAAACACAUAUCUCAAAAGCAAUAAUUGCAUAUUCCAUUACAUAGAUCGUUUAUUACAUGUUGACAACAAAUUUAUAAAUAAUUAUUAUUCUGAGAUUUGAAUAAAAAAAUUACUAUUGCCACUAUUUAUUAGGUGAUAUCAUGUAUUAAGUAUGACUUUUUAAUUCUUAUAACUUCUUCAAUGGCAGCGAUUUCUUAUUAAUUAUUAUACAUUAUAAUUAAUGUUCAAAGCAAUUGCUUAGAUAUUUAAAGUUUUUAAUUAGGAAAAGGUCUUAUAUUUACAUAUUAAAUCAGAUAUACAUGUUGACUAAUAUAUUUCUUACUUUCAUCUAAAAUACUAUUUAUUCUCAUAUGUGGUUACAUUAAUUUAUAGAGUUGAUAGUACAUCUAUAAGGGCAUUAUGAACAAAAGAACAAGGAUCAAAGGUUGAACCGCAUUUGAAUUUUUAAAAUUCUCGACGUUUAGGCCCCCGGAGCCAUUAUCAAGAGAAGGAUGGAGACCCGAUUAUUCUUUCAUUGGUAAGAAGUGAUCCAAUUUCAUAGUCUCAAUCUGCCUACUCCACACAACGAAUCACCUUUUUCCUUAGUGUCAAAAGUAACGUUCCCUUAAUUGUGAGGGAUGUUUAGAAAGAACGGUUAUUAAAUAUUGUGAAUUGGGAUCGUAGGUAAAGAAAUUAUUUUGUUUUCUUGGACUUUUUUUGAAAAAAGGUGUUUUUGUAAUAAUCGAAAGUUUUAUAUAUCAUCACAAUCGAAAACUCUAUUCGUUAUAUUUUCAUCAAUUCAUUUCUUGAAUUAUGCAUUACAGAAAUAAAACUCCCAAGCCAAUGUCUCUAAUUUUAUAAUCAAUUAAGGUAGGUAAAUUGUAAUUUUGUAUUAACAAAAUAUUUUAUCACAAAAAGAACAUCAUAUUACAAUAGCAAGAAACAUUUUUCAUAUUUGGUAAAAAUGCUUUAUAAUUGUAAAACGUUUAAACUCUUAAAUGUGCAGUUAAAUUAGAUUUGACAAAAUAUUUUUCUCCUAUUUCUCCUCCUAUUCAACAAUGUGAAUUCAUAUCAAACAUCUAAUAUAGAAAAAUAUAUUAGAUGCAUAACAUACCUUUAUUAAUAAUUAUUAUUUAAUUUACUUUGUAAGAUUUUGAAAAUAGUAAUAUAUCUCUAAGGUACGCUCACUUUAUAAGGGGUAAUUACUUUUUAGAAAAUAAGUAUAUCCAAUGUAAAUAAUUGAUAUUUAAGAAUGUUUCUGGUGCUCUUUUAUGGCUCAAAAUAUCAUUUUUACAUCCUGAAUAUUCUUCAUACUAAGUUGAUGAAAAAAAAAACAUUCAUUCGAUAUUUUAAUUAAACAAAAACAAAGUUUUAUACAGUAAGACCAUUUAAUAUUACAGUAAUUGACUAUACUUUAAAAAAUUCUAAACUAUUUAAGAAGGUCAAGAUACAGAAUGCAUAAAAUGUGAAUAAAAUGGAAUAUAUGUGACAACCAAAGACAAAAUUUUCAGAUUAUAUAAUAAUAAAGACUGAAUUAGUUCGAAAUAUUAAUACAUUCAUCAUUAAUAGAUAGCUAAAAUCAAGAACAUUUAUAAAUACAAAAGGCUCUGUUCUUUUUUUAGAAUGAGGUAAAAAAGUGUAACAAAUACUUUACCUUUUGCAAACACCUUUCAACAAUAAUCAACAUUAAUAUAUACAAUAGCUAACAGCACAACUUAUUUCCAAUUUGUACAAAUACACAUAACUUUUAAUGGAUUCUGUAUAAAUAUAUUUUUGACUAAAAACUAUCGUUUUUGACCAUUUUUUAAUAUCAUACGUGUAAAAUUUAUCAAAUUUUUUUCAAUGUAUAACCUGGAAUAAACCUGCCAUUUUCUAUAAUGCCAAAUUUUAAGAUAGUUUCAAUAGAUAUACUCAAUAAACUAGAAUUAGAAUGUCAUGUAUGUUGUGAUGAUGCCAUUUUUAAACGCAUAAUUUCAGUGAUCUGUUUACAAAAUGUUUUGUUUUUUAUUGGUAGCAAUAAUCAAAUAAAAAUAUGAAACGGUAGAAAUCAAAAACUCACAGUUAGAGUUGCAUCUCUGGAAAUUUCAUCAAUACAUUUUGUUGAACUAAUUAUCGACUUUCAUUUGAUUACUUCCAAAUAAAGUCAUUUAAAAAAUUAAGCCAUAUUAAUGAUAAUGAUAAACGCAAACAAUUAGGCUUGAAACUAAAGGAUUUAUUCUGAUUAAUACAUAGAAAAUUCUAUCUGUGAAAAAAAAUAGUAAUCUAAAAGAUAAUCCUAAUUCAAUAUUGAAAUCCUAGAGAAUCCUAAGAAUUAUUGUAAAUAGUCCAUGGUUUGUGCCAAGCUUUGUUAUAACUCUUGACAUGCAAGUGCCAUCGGUUAAGGCAAUGAUAAAUAUACAUCCACAUGUUGAACAGUUCAGCCUAAACAUAUUCUAUACUACCUACUUAAUAGGUAGGUUUUCGUGUAUUCCCAAUAGACAAAACUGAUUAAUCGAGUUAUUUUUUAAAACAUGCUGGCUUAUAUUGAUUUAUGUAUAUAAUCCUAAACCCAUGUAUAUCCUUUGUGGGUGUCGGGUGUAAUAUUAAUUCAUAUAGUUUCUUUAGUUUUCUUUGCUUCUGUUUUGUAAUUUUCCUUUCUCCUACUGUGGCAGUGAAUAUCUGUCUAUAAAAUUACCUUUUUAAUAUGGCAAUGAAUAUUCUAUUUAACUUAAACUGACGUAAAAUCCAAUAUUUCGGUUUUAACAUCUGCCCACUGUUAAAAUAUGUUACUUGAAUAUUGGACCUGUUAAUUUGUUUGAAAGUUGUGGAACUAUUUUUUAGACUCUCGCCUCGUUUAUCUAAGGACACCCUACCUACUAAAACCCCACCUCUUUCUGUUUCCACCUUUCUAAACCUUUGGGACCGCAUAAGCAUUACUUCAAAAGUUCAGGUUGUCUAAUAUAUUAAUAAUAUGUUACUGUUGAAUUCUUAGGUAUGUACCUUUAUUAAAAGUCAAUUUGCUCUGUUCAUCCCCUCAAGAAAGUUUUGAAUAACUGUUCUUGUCUAAUUGUUUGUUUUUUCCCACCGCUGUUGUCAUCCAAGCAUGAGGGUGUUUUCAAAUACUCCUAUUCUGACAGUGGAGAUAAAGCGGUAUGUACUGCACUUUAUACCACUGCAGACUCUAAUUGCUAUCUUUCUGCAUGUAGAUUCCAUUUUUUUGUUAAGUUCUUGUAACCUCCAUGUUUCCUCUCCAUACUGGAAAUUUAGCUGAACUGGAUAUGGUAUCAUUACAGGAAGCUUAGACUAGUUGCUUGUAAAAUAUUUAACAAGCUAUGGUCUUUAAAGAUAUUUAGAUUUACCUAGGUGUUACACCGCAAUCUUGAGAAUCAUUUUGCUCUCUAUCAGAGUUGUUUUCGACAUCUAUUGCUAUCCAGUUGCAGAGUUCCAUUGUAUUCCAGUAUCUGCGCUAUAUUUAAUUAAGUUAGAUCUUCAUUCUUGCUAAAGCACCCUUUGAGUUUGGGUUUCUAGAACAAGAUGAAUUGGAGUUUAAUACUCUCCUGAAUCUACACCAUAUAUCCUUUGUAACUUCAUGUAAUGAAAUUUUUGGUUCAGUUUGUACAUACUGUUUGGUUAUAAAAUUUUUUAUGCUUCCUAGAAUUUGUUUUUCGGUAGGAAAAUAAAGCUUUUUGGUAGUUGUUUUACAGGUGACUCAAAUAAACAAUGUAGCAAACAAAAAGUUAUUAUCGUUAUCAAGAUUAUUGUUGUAGUGUUCUGAUGGUAAUUUAAUUAUACCACCCAUUUUAUUACAGAAUUGUUUAUUAUUUGGUUACCAUAUUUUUAUUUGGUUAUCCUGCUACCACAUUAUUGAAUGAGUGAGAAAAUAAUUAUACAAUUAUUUAUAUAUACCUAUAAAUUUGUGUUUGAAAACUAUCUAGUCAUAUAAAUAUUCUAUUUAUACAAUUUUGAUGCAUAAUAAAUAGCUAUGAUUCUA